AGCUGAUUGCUUGCAAGUAAACAACACAACUGCGUUCUCGCCGAGCACCUGAGGAUUGCGUUGGAGUGCUGCGUUCGGAGGGCAGAUCACGUAACCGGAGGCGGCAGCAUGUGCACUCUGCAUCCCGAGGAGGAGGCCCACCUGGCGGCCAUGGCCAGCAGUGGACCGCCACCGCGAACUCCCAGCCCAAGGCCACUUUUCAGCUCGAGUCCUCCAGCUCCGAAAUCGCUGUUCGACGUCUGCUGGGACGACGUGCUCAUCCCCCAGGUGGCCGUCUACCUGUCACUCAAGGAUCUCUUCAACCUGCGCUGCUGCUCGCGUACCGCACAACGCUUCGUGGAGGCAGCUCUGGAAAAAAGGCAGGAGCUCCAUCUCUCCGGGAACAACACAAGCAAUAUUGAUGUGGGCUUCCGAGUGCUCGCCCGCUGCUGCCGACGGCUGGAGGUGCUCCACCUGGCCUGCUGCCGAUGGCUGACGGACGAGCUACUGCUGCCACUGCUGGCCAACAACAAGAAACGCCUGUGGGCUGUCAACCUCAAUGAGUGCGUCAAUAUCACGGCCCUUUCGCUGCAGCCGAUCAUCGUGGAGUGCAAGGGUCUGCGCGUCCUGAAGCUGUCCAAGUGCCAGUGGCUGACCACUGGAGCCGUGGACGCUCUGACGCUGCACCAAAGCAAGCUGGUGGAGUUCGACAUCUCGUACUGUGGCGCCAUUGGAGAGCGCUGCCUGAUUAUCUUCUUCAGGAAGCUGAACAAGCUCACCGUAUUGUCACUCGCAAACACGCCCAGUGUUACCGACCAAGUGCUCAUUCAGAUUGGUAACUACUGCCGCGAGCUGGAGCACAUCAACCUGAUCGGCUGUCCAGCCAUCUCCGACUAUGGAGUGCACGCCCUCACCCAGAGUUGCCCGCUGCUGCAGUCCUUGAUGGUGCAACGCUGCCCACUGGUCACUGAACGCGUGCUUGCCCCACUGCGUGGACGAGUGCACAUUGAUCGGCCCGGCAUGGGCUACAUGCCCAGCUUGCAGCACCACCGCCUGUUCCUGCAGGUCUGAGAUUAACCCCGAUUCCGGACCAAUAAACCCCAUGUACCAAGGAGGCUUUUGAGGCUAUCCAAAAUGUUUUUGCUGUAAAUACAUGCCUAAGCAUGGACGCUUUAAUUUACCUUUAAGCUUAAUCAUACUCAUUGUUAACAUUAAUUUAGGCUGUACAAUAAACAUACUUAUUCAUCUCCCUCUCCAAAA